CGUAGUACUACGUGGUGACAUGAUUGAAGCCUGUCGGCGGUGUCGACCAGCCUCGAAAAUGGAUUCGCAUGAGGGCUUCUGGUAGAUACAUGGACAAAGGGGUAGAUACGUCAACGGUAAAUGGCUGAUCAUGCCAAACGAAGACGAGGCGUGGGAAUUUCGAAACCGCGGAAAUACCUGUCGGUGACUGGCUUCAGUCAACCUACUUACCUGUUCUUCAGAUCGUCGAUGACCCGGCGUUAUCUUCGAUAUAUCUUACCAACGCGGACGCGUCAUGCCAACUUCAGACAGUUUUUAACAACUUCCGCAGAAAAUAAAAAGAGAAGGAAAAAAUAGCAAAAAAAGAAAGCAACCUUCAGAUCGUCCAUCUCGGAUUAUGUGCCACAGCGUGUGCGUACAAAAUACGAGACAGUGUUCUGAACUAGUUCAGGAUUGACCCUGAAAGAAAUGUAACAUCCAAAUCAGACGGUCGCACGAUGCAGGAGGACUUUUUCCCGGCGGCUGAAAAAAUACUUUCUGACAUUGAGAAUGUGUUGCUGAAGGAUCCGAAUCUGAUCGGCUUCGAAAUAAUACCUGCAGUGGACAACGAGAACAAAUCACCAGUGCUCCAUGCUGAUAAUUCUCUGGGUUUAGCAUCAUGGAGUGUGAAGCCGCUAUAUCGCUAUACAUAUAAUCGACUGCUUGAAUUGCGUCAGAAUCGCAAUAAAAGGGAGGAUCCGAGUACUGUUUCCCGAUGGCUACUAGGUGCGUUGUUGUUGAACCCGGACGUAACAACAUUUUGGAAUAUGCGGCGAGAACUUGUCAGGAAUGGAAGACUCGAGUGGAAAGGUGAACUACACUUUGUUGCGGUCGUUCUAUACUACAAAGCGAAAUGCUUCGAAGCAUUCGCUUACAGGCGUUGGCUUCUCCAAUUCGCUUUUAAUAGUGCCAACACACUUCAGACGUUGGAUGUUGAAAGACUGCUGAAAAACGAAGUGGACAUUUCCUUGAUGUCCGCUGAUAGAUACGCAAACAACUAUCACGCCUGGAAUCAUCGCGAGUACAUUGUCAACACCUUCGCUAUAUAUUCUCCGUGUACGUUUGCCUCAUUUUUAGAGUCAGAAUGGCUGACUUCGGGAAAAUGGUGCAGUCUCCACAUAUCCGACUACAGUGGGUUUGCUUAUCGACAGUUUUUGAUAAAGAGGCUUCUCCAGGCUGAUGAUGAACUCACCCAUAUAACCAAGCAAGAAAUGAAAUUCAGGGAAACCAUUGCUAACUUUGUCAAACUCGAAGACGCCGCUCAUAUAUUGACUGCUCCGUGUCAUCAACUUUUAAACUAUUUGCACGCCACGCCUGGUCACCAACCUCGCCACGAUACUGACUGUCUUUCUAUCCUGACCGGUCUCUCAUAUUGGGCUGAAGAAUGUAUGUUUAACGAAGAAUUGCUCAAUCUCUAUCCAGGUCACGAGUCUUUUUGGUAUCACAGGAGGUUCCUUUCUCAUCUCUUGGUUGUCAUGAGCAAGUCAUACGAGAGAUAUUCUUAUUAUAAAACGGAACUGAUCGAUAAAAAUUUAGACCGACUUUUCGGCGGUGAAGGAGACGGGUCUGAAGCUCGAAAAUUUCAACGCAGAGCACAGAGUCCGUUAGAAUCCGCUUACCGGAAGCGGAAUUCGGACGUAAUUGCGAGAGCGAGGGAAGUCGGUGGUCACCAAAACGUCAUGGGUGAAAGAUUUGCUAGGUUUUUAACGAGCGCCGGUUUAGAAUUGUGAAUUUUUAAACUGUUUGGAUCUGUUUGAGAAAAUGAAAGGUAUUGAACUUAUUUUACUGAUGUAUGUACUAUAAUUGUAUAUUUAUAUAUUUGGUGUGUAACAGGGCUGUGUGAUGAAUCGAUUUAUUGUAAAACCAAUUUAUUAUAAUGGCCGAUUAAUGGAUGAAACACAAAAACGAUAAACUAAAGCGCGUAAAAUCCAUCGGAAAACGGUGAAUCAAUUAGUGAAAAAAAAAAAAUAAUAAUAAUAUUAACUCAAGUCCACGAUUAAUCGAUUAAUUGUACAGCCUUGGUGUGUAAGCUAUCCACGUGUAAAUAAGAUCGUAUCAGUGGGGUAGCGGGUCAGUUGUUUUCACUGUAUCUUAUACGUAUCGAUAUGUUCAACUUCCAUUAAGAGGUGUAGAGAAAUUGUCGUUUCAUCGCAUAACGUUAAUUGAUUAUCGUGUAAUAAAGGAAAUUACAAUUUUUGUUAAA